UGGCGAUGGCGGGGAUGCUGGUGGCCAUCUUGGCGCUAGUGACAGGAGACGCCUGGAGCUCCCACGUCCCGGGCGACCCCGCGGCGCAGCAGAUUGUGCAGUUCAAGCAGAGGACCGAGGGUCCAGUUGGCAUCCUCAAGACAAGUGCUGGUUCGCCAAUUGAGUAUAAAGAAGGUUACUCCUCCAUCACGUCCAACCUCAUCCAACACGAGUACCUCAUGGACUCCUUGACUCACCUGGUCAGGGAGCGGCUCCCAGAGCGCAUCGUCCACGCAAAGGCCGGGGGCGCCUUCGGGUACUUUGAAGUAACGCAUGAUAUCUCCCAUCUCUGCAAAGCUAAACUCUUCGAAAGCAUCGGCAAAAAGACUCCUGUGGCUGCCAGGUUCUCACCCGUGGUGGUGGAGCGAGGAGGUAUCGACACGUCUAGGGAUGCCAGAGGAUUCGCAGUCAAAUUCUACACCGAAGAGGGUAACUUCGAUAUCGUCGGAUUCAAUACGCCCAUGUAUGUCUACAAAGAUCCUCUGUUGUUCACAACCUUUGUGCACUCACAGAAAAGAAACCCCGCUACCAACCUCAAUGACUUGAACAUGUUCUGGGACUUCUUGACGCUCAGACCUGAAAGUUUGCACAUGUUCUUACUUAUAUUCUCCGAUAGAGGCAUCCCAGAUGGAUACAGGCACAUGCCAGGCUUCGGUAUCCACACCUUCGAGGUUUACAAUGACCACGGGGAGACCAGUUACCUGAGAUUCCACUUCGUUCCUGAUGCUGGAAUAAGAAACCUCAACUCGGAAGAAGGGAGAAGAUUAGCCGCCGACGAUCCGGAUUACGCAACCAGAGACUUGUACAACGCCAUAGCCAAAGGCGACUUUCCUUCCUGGACUGUGGCCGUGCAAAUAUUAUCUUUAGAAGACGUCAAGAGAAUGCCGUUUGAUCCUUUCGAUGUCACCAAAGUGAUACCUUUAGACGAGUUUCCUCUUCAUCCUGUUGGUAGGUUUGUGUUGAACAAGAAUCCUAUAAAUUACUUCGCUGAGAUCGAGCAGCUGGCCUACAGUCCAGCUAACUUGGUGCCUGGUAUUCUGGGUGGCCCGGACAAGUUGUUCGAGGCUCGUCGUCUGGCGUACCGCGACGCGCAGUACUACCGUUUGGGAGCCAACUUCAACAAGAUCCCGGUGAACUGUCCUCUGCAGACGGCCGUGCUGACCUACAACCGGGACGGGCGCGCCCCGCUCCAGGACAACAACCGGGACAAUCCCAACUACUUCCCCAACUCCUUCCACGGCCCCGUGCCCUACAUCGACGAGAAGAGACCGAGGAACUUGCAGUUGAUUCAAGAUGAGUCGAGGAACUUUGAGCAAGCGAGAGAGCUAUACGUGAAUGAGCUGACGAAGCAGGAGAGGGAUAGUUUGGUGUCCAAUGCGGUGGCCAGUCUGCGGCAAGCAGCUGGCUUUCUUCAGGAGCGCGCAGUGAAGUGGUUCUCCCUCAUACACUCGGACCUCGGCGCUAGAAUAGCUCAUGGACUGAAAAGUAACCAUACCAAUACGGAAUAUCACUGGCAAGAUUAUUAAUCGGCGAUUUUUAUAUUUUUUUACCUAUUUCUUAAGCAAAACCAUACGUUUUAUGUACCUGAACAAGCUAGAUUGAAUAAUUUUAUAUUUUUGUAUUAAAGUGGUAGGCAAUUACUUAGUUGUGUACCUUUAAUACUUAUCAUAAAUAUUGUAAAACAUAAACCUGAUGCUUCCUACUAUAAACUUUUAUCUCUUCAUUUCAUCCACUUACACUAAGUUCAUAAUAAGCGUAUGUAACCAAAGUUAAUAAUUAUUUACAAGUAUCUUAUCUACACGCAAAGUCAAGGGUCAAACUUGUUUCGGAUAUACAAGUAAGUACUUUCUAUAAAAUGACAUACAGUUAGAUAAAAUAUUGCAUAAGGUAACAAAACUGUACCUACCAUGUAUUGUAGGUACAUACAUAUUAUCUAUAUAUCUACAAGUACUCCAUGAAAAGACAGGUCAGUAUAAAUAAGCCAAUU